CAAAAAGAAAGUGCUUAAGAAAGUUGUGGUUUGUUGUAGAUGCACUGCACGUCGUUCUCUUUAUAAAUAAUAUUUGUAAAAAGGUGAAUAUUAAACUGUAAUGUGCAUCCAAGUACCAAAUGGAACAUCUUCUGUGUGUCUACAUCAAAAGACAUAAAUCUUAGAUCUAACUAAAACUUUCUUUACCAUAUUUGAGUGUUGCAAGAGUUGCAAGUCGGGCUAUAUUUGAAUACCUAAAAAAUGUAUUAUUUAAAUAACGACGCUGUGGCUGUCCCAUCGGCCGUAAAUUUCGGCCAAAGGGAAACACAUUCUUCAACUUUGGAGCUAAAGACUGUAUCCAUAAAUCCGGACGACACCUUUACUGUGCAACAAGCGAUCAAUGCCUUUGGCUUCGGCUGGUUCCACGUCAAGCUGUCGCUUCUUGUGGGCCUUUGCUGGAUGUCCGACUCGAUGGAAAUGGCCAUUUUGAGCAUUCUGGGCCCGGCCUUAUUCUGCGAAUGGAAUGUCACGAAGCUCCAGCAGGCCUCGGUCACAACCAUCGUGUUUCUGGGCAUGAUGCUGAGCUCCAGUUUCUGGACACAGCUUAGCAACAGAUAUGGCCGAAAGUCGGCCCUCACUUUGUUUGGAGUAUUAUUAGUUUUAUAUAGCAUACUAAGUUCAGUGGCGCCCAGUUAUGCAUGGCUCUUAACCCUGAGAGGUCUCGUAGGCUUUGCCAUCGGCUGCGUCCCACAAUCUGUCACCCUAUACGCGGAAUUUCUGCCCACGAAACACAAGGGAAAGUGUGUGGUUCUCAUGGAUUGCUUCUGGGCCCUAGGAGCCUGCUUUGAGGUAGUAUUGGCCUUGAUUGUUUACCCCUACUACGGGUGGCGCGGACUUCUGGGGCUCUCGGCCACACCCUUACUGCUUUUUACACUGCUAUCUCCGUGGCUUAGCGAAUCUGCCCGAUAUUAUUCAUCCAAUGGGCAUAGUGACAAGGCCAUCAGGGUUCUGGAACAGAUAGCUCACAACAACAAGCGGCACAUGCUAAUGGGUCGCCUUAUUGCCGACGAGGAGCCCAGCUCCACGGAGAGCUUUAGGUCGCUGCUCAGUCCGAGCCUUUAUAGGACCACGCUUCUGCUCUGGUUUAUAUGGCUCGCAUCGGCCUUCUGUUACUACGGACUAGUGCUGGUCACCACCGAGCUCUUGGUGGCCAGAAACAAGGAGAAUAAUCCGAAUGAGUGCGUUACCUUCAUGACCUCCGACUUUAUGGAUUUGUUGUGGAUUACCUUGUCCGAGUUUCCGGGCAUAUUGAUGACCAUUAAGGUUAUCAAACUCUUUGGCAAGAAGAAAACUAUUGUGCUGCAGUAUCUGCUCCUUGUCAUGUGCACUUUGGUGCUUAUGUCGGUUAAUAGUCGCUUCUCAACUUCUUUGACUCUCUUCAUUGCCCGCGGAACGAUUUCGGGUAUUUUUCAAGCCAUCUAUGUCUACACACCGGAAAUAUAUCCCGCUGCCCUCCGAUCUGUGGGAGUUUCCGGCUGCUCCGUGCUGGCUAGACUGGGCGCCAUGCUAACACCCUUUGUGGCGCAGGUUUUGAUGGACACUUCCAAGGUGCAGGCUAUAUCCACCUACGCCGUUGUGGGUCUAUUGGCGUCCGUAGCUUGCGCUUUUCUGCCCCGAGAAAAUCUCGGUUAUCAUUAGAGCGAGACCCUAUAUAGAAAUAAGAUAAUUUAUUACUUGGCCCAGAGCGAAUUUCUAAACAAACCUAAUUGGAUUGCCUAGUUUUAGGCUUUGUCUACGCGGCGCUAGUAAAACAGCAGCACAACCUGUGAA